AUGUACUCAAAAAAUCCAUACGAAGUACCCGCAGCUGGGUUCAUACUUGUCGAUAAUUUAUCAAAACUGAUUAUGGAUAGUGAUACCCGUUUGGAUCAGAACGUCACUGAAAAUUUGUUCAAUUCAAACGAAAUGAUCAAGGAGGGACAGUUCAUAACGAAAGAAAUAAAAAGGGAGCAGAGGCGGAAGAUGCUUCAAAGUAAACUGGUCGCACAAUCGAACAUGUUCGAAAAAUCUGAGGGUUCAACAAGUCAGUGUAGCGUGUAUUUGCAAACGGAGUUAAAACAGGUUCAGACAACGUACGUCAAGAUAACGGAGCUUAUCAGUGAAUUACUUCAUAAAGAAUGGGAUGAAAUGUUGAUUUACAUGAAACGUGAAGAAGAAAUCUUAAAGUUAGAAAAAGAAUGUGAGCAACAAAAAGGGCUGAAAGGAAAAGUACUGAAUUUACAACAACAACAGAGAAAACAACUGGCUGAAUUGCGGAUUCUUUUGCGUAAAGUCCUGAAAUAUCAAGAUAUUGUAGGAUGUGAACUGUUGAUAAACAUUGAAAAACUGGAACAUAAGUCAGAUAUAGCGAAGUUUAAAACCGACCAAAUUUAUUUGCGAGAGGCUUAUCGUCACCAUCAACGAAUGCGACGUGUGACAUUGUUCCAGACCAAAAUUAAGCAAAAUUUGGAAAAUUUGCAGAAACAAAUGCAAGAAACGAUCAGAAAUAGUUGUAGGGUGCAAUGGACGUUAGAUACACUCAAGCCACAGGUAGAAAGAAAUCGAAGAUUUUCGCAGGUUCAACGGAGCAAAGGAUUGGCUGAAUCAGUACAGGGGACCAAACCAAUAUCGGGACAAACGCACUGGAGAGGUGGUGGCGCAAAACAGAACUUUCACGCAACAGCAAAUAAACACUCCCAUUACGACAAUGGGUUUCAACAGCAGCACUGGCGUCGGCAGUCAAACAACGGAAUAUUCUGGCGGAAUAAUUGUAAUGGAAAUCAUUAA